AUGUUAAAAAAAAAGUACACAAGAACACAAGAGUUGGAGGAGGAGGAGGAGGAUUCAACCAUAACCAUGGUGCCUACAACUGAGCACCAGUUUGGAGGGUGGCCAAGGUUUUGGAGAGAGUGCAAAGCUGAUUUACUAAAUUUAAUCAAUCAUUCCUUGCAAUGUGGGAAGCCCGACCUGCUGAAGAAUGUCAGAGAAAAGAACCGAGUGCUCCAAGACCAGAAUAAUAUCCUGCAGCUGAAGUUGGAAUUGGUGAUGGACAUGUUGACUGAAAGUACCGCUGGCCUUCUACUGAUGGAAGAGGAGGAGGAAGAGACAGAGGGAAAGGAAAAGGAGAAGAAGGAGGAGGAGGAAGAGGAGGAGGAGGCAGAAGAAGAGCUUGAAGAACUGGAGAUGAAAACAUGUCCAAAGAAACUUCCAAAACCGAUAAGUGCUUAUGAUUUGGAAUCAAGCGACUAUGAAUAUGAUGAGGAGCUGUUGACAUCCCAAUGGAGGAACAGAUACUCCAUGCCUACUCUUUCAUUUGAUGAUGAAAGUGAGUAUUCAGAGGAAGUGGUUUACACCAAGAGGCCUCAAGACAAACCCAAAGUUUGCCCGAUGAAGCGUGCAGCUCGGGCGAAAGCGAGAUCACGUGCAAACAUCCGCCAGAGUUCAGGGGCCAGGAGCUUGUUACCACCCAAGACCAGGUCCUCCUCAAAGGUUUGCAAACUUGAGCUGGAACCAGAACCAAAGCCCAAGACUUGUCCGAGACGCAAACCUAAACCCAAACCCAAAUCCGUGAGGCAAACAGAUGGAGUUUGCCCCAUGAAAAAGGGGUCAAAGAUCUGAGUGCCUCUUCCUUUCGCGAUGAAUGAUCAGUGUGGAGCAUCUGCUGGUGACAAUUCCUUUAAAAUGUUGAUGAUUUGCUGGUGACAGAAUAAAGAUAUGACAAUACUGAUUGUUGUUUUCUGGUUUUACCCAAAAAAGGCCAAUUUUGGAGGAUGUUAAAAUCACACAGGUGACCAGAUCAAAUUGAUCUGUUCAUUGGUGUCAUCUUCUUCUCAGAGAGUUAUGGGACAGGAUAUAGAUCUCCACCUCUUUCCGGUGCUGCUCUCAAACACUCCCCAUCAGUUAACUGAAACUGUAUCCACCAUUCUAUUUAUCACCUACAUUUGUCAUCGAUUCUCCUCCCAUGCCUGUUACUGUUACUGUCUACCAUAUACUCAAAUGGUGUAACUCAAGUAUGUAUCUUUCGCUUUUUGAUGCUAUGCAAUAAUUUCCAUUUGGU